AUGUCUCAACCAAACAACGUCUGGAACCGCGGCGGGAAGCAGGGCAACAGCAGCACCUCACGAACUCCACAGAACCGAUCUAGCACCGCCUCGCCCAUUCAACCAAAUCCACAGCAAGCACCAAAGCAAGAGAACAACAGUCGUUCCCAGACACCAGCCAACAACGCCUGGGGAGCGCAGCGGGGCUCAGUUGCUUCGGGCAGCAGCAGCAAUGGAGCAAAUGUCUCGGAGCAGGCCAACGUUGCGGCCAAUGGCUUCAACUCUGCAGAAGUCAAGCAAUUCCUGAGCAGGGGACCAAUUCCUGCUUCCUACAAACCACAGGCAAGCGGUGGAGGCGCCCCUUGGGCCGGUGCAGUGCAAGCGCACUUGAUGAGCACCGGUCAGGCUUUCUUUCCACAUCUAAAUAAGCAGAUCCAGGCCCAUGAAAACGGUGGCGGAGGCUGA